AUGAUGGUAGUAGUUUGGCGUUGUUUGGUACCACUCCAGAUGUCCAGCAUCACCACUGAAUCUUUGGAACAAGUCACCACUGAAUCUUUGGAACAAGUCACCACUGAAUCUUUGGAACAAGUCACCACUGAAUCUUUGGAACAAGUCACCACUGAAUCUUUGGAACAAGUCACCACAGAAUCUUCAGAACAAGUCACCACUGAAUCUUUGGAACAAGUCACCACAGAAUCUUCGGAACAAGUCACCACUGAAUCUUUGAAGCCAGCUAACACUGAAUCAUUGGACCCAGCCAACUUUGAAUCUUUAGAGUCCGUUAAAACUGAAUCUUUAGAACCAGCAAUGACCAAAUCAUUGGAGUCAUUUAACACUGCAGCUGAUACUGAAUCUUUGGAGUCGACUGACACUGAAUCUUUGGUGUCGGCCAGUUUUGAGUCUCUGGAGGCAAUCAAUAUUGGGCCUCUGCACUCAGCUAACACAGAAUCUUUGAAGUCAGCCAAUACUGAAUCAUCAGAAAUGGCUAAAACUGAAUCUUUGGAACCAGCCACCACUGAAUCUUUGAAGCCAGCUAACACUGAAUCAUUGGACUCAGCCAGCAUUGCAUCUUUGGAUUCCAUUAAAACUAAAUCUUUAGAACCAGCCAUGACCGAAUCUUUGGAGUCAUUCAACACUGCAGCUGUAACUGAAUCUUUGGAGUCAGCUAACACUGCAGCAGAGACUGAAUCUUUGGAGUCAGCCAGCACUGAAUCUUUGGUGUCAGCAAGCACUGAAUCUUUGGAGCCAACCAGUCUUGGACCUCUGCAGUCUUCUAACACUGAAUCUUUGACAUCAGCUGACAGGGAAUUUUUGGCUUCAGCAGGUACUGAAACUUUGGAGUUAGCUGUCAGCGACCGUGACUUUGAGAACGUAAACCCUGCAGUAAUUCAGGAAAGGAUACAAUUGGUGCAGGAAACGUUGAUCCCAGUAAAGCCUGGCUCAAAUUUUUCUCUAUCUACAGGCUCUCUGCCACAUGUACCUACUGCCGGUGAAGACCUCCUUCAGGACAACCCGGUCAGAGACGUGACACAGAGUGAACAGCACAACAAAGAUCUUAGCAAGGACAACAGUUCAUCAACAGCCAGCAACAAUGAUGCACACACAAAGGAUGUCUCAGUAAAAACCGUACAGAAUAAAGGUACUUCUAGUGACACAAGCAUCCAGAAUCUGCCCUCUGAGAAGAUGGAGGCUCGCAAGGCAUUUUCCUGGCUGCCCAAAGCCUCAUCUUCCAGCGUGGACAGCUUUGGGCCAGAGGAAAUUGAGGCCCUUUGGGGCAUCGAGUCCUCCAUGAUGAAUCUGGAUGCAGAGUUGACCUUUCUGGACACUGAACCUGUGGCUGCGCAUGUGGAUGAGAAAGGUGUGGCGAAGGGGGAUUUGGGUGCUCAGCUAGAGGUACCUGCAAGAGUCAGCUUGGGGGGUAAGGACAAUGUUGCUGAGGCAGCCAGUUCUGGGAGUGUGAGUGAUACAAGCUGUGAUGUUUCUGAUCCAAAUGUGAAAGAUGGUGCCCUUGGCAAGUCUAUUUCUCCCGUGUGUGAUAAUAACAGCGAGGGAUCUAAUGAUAGUGGCCGCGGAGGAAGCGAGCACGAUAUGGUUUGCCAAGGAGGGGAUGUCCCAGUGCACUUUAACUUCUGCAUGCCUUCAGAUCUGUGUGGCCAGUUCAUUGGCAAACACGGCAAGAAUAUCAACUACCUGAAAAGCAGAAGUGGAGCUCAUGUGACCUUGACCAGUAACGCUUUUACGCCGGAAUACCAGAUCUGCCAAAUUGUGGGAACCCAGGCUGAGGUUGACGAUGCUCUGUCCAUGAUCAGAAGGAAGUUCCCACUGCAGGACUACCCACACUUGACUAUGGACCCAGUGGACAUGUCCAUGCCACUUCCUCUGGUACCAGACGGUCAAGUCGUGUAUCCAGAGGCUAUGCAGCUGAGCUUACCUGAAGGGGUGUCGGUGGAUGUGUUUGUGUCAGCUGUGGUUGAUGCCGGCCAGGUAUUUGUUCAGCAGCCCACACACCGCUCCUACAUGUCCCUGGAGAAGAUGAACUACUUCCUGAACCUGGUCUACUCCCAGGAUCCUAACGUUCCUAGUGUACCCUUGCCCAUAGAAUCCGGUGUUAUUUGUGUGUGUGAAAGUGAGGGCUACUGGUACCGGGCGAUGAUCAUGUCCCCGGUGGAUGAAAACGGUGAGGUACAGCUGAAGUUUGUGGACUAUGGUGGGUACAUCACCCUGCCAGUUGCAUCUUUAAAACAGAUCAGGGUUGAUUUCAUGAACCUGCCGUUUCAAGCGGUGGAGUGUUUCAUGGCUAACAUAACACCAAACCAGGGUGAGAAAUUGUUCAGCGACGAAGCAACUCAGGCUCUGUGUGACCUGACCCAAGGCAAGCUGCUGCAGUGUCAGGUUGUGGCUAGGACAGAGUACGGGAUCCCUUACAUCCACCUGUACCAGGUUAACACUGAGAGAAAUAGUGCUGUUUUAAUCAACCGAGCGCUUGUCAACAGACGAUUGGUCCGAUGGAUCGAGAUCCUGUAA